CGACUAAUAGAGUAUCUUCGUUUCAUGUUUGGUCCCAACAUGAAGUGCCCGUUACUGGCUGUCGUCAGUCGUAUUUCUCGAAUCGGGGAUCUGUUUCAGUCAAUGGAAUCAAGUAUGGCCGAACCGGGAAUAACUUGGGAUCCAAACGAGAUAAAUUCUUCCGAUCGGGUCACAGACAAUCCAACGCUUCAAUACGUGCGGUUAUUACACGAGGUAUUCGAUCAUGUGAAUACAUUUUAA